AUGUUCAGUAGCUCUGAGAAAGUCUCCGUUGACAGUGUUGCUGGAAUGGUUAGCUUGAAAGUGCCUUUGGAUGAUUUCUCUCAGUUUUCUGCUAAAAAACAGUUGUCCCAGAUCAGUGUUAAUGCUAACUGUGAACAUGCAAGUGACAAAGUAAAUGACAAACCGCGGCCACUCGCGCGGAGGACGCCAAGCGGGAAGCGGAGGAGGAGACGCUGGGCGGUGAGGCCGCGGAGCGCGUCCGGGUCCCCCAGCACCGCCGGGACGAGGGCCGGACGAGCUGCCGGGGGUCGCCGCGCGCGUUUGCCGACGGGGAAGGAGACGCGCCCCGCCGUGGGCGCCGACAGCAGCGCCCAGCCCGACGCGAGCACUGCGCAGGCGCUGCGGGGCGCGGCCAACCGCGCGCGGACCCACUCCGCCAGGGCCACCGUGCCGCCGGCCUGCUCCGGGGCCGAGAGGGCCGUGCUGUUCUUCCACGUGGUGAGGCAUAAACGGGCGGACCUAAAACAGCCCCGCAGCGACAGGCCCAUUCCCUCCAAAGGCCGCGCAGUCCCAGGCCUCUCUGCGGCCUGGGCAGACGUGGGCCUCCUUAGCGAGGCCGACCGACUGAGCUUGAGGAAGAUGCACAGCGACUUGGAGGGACACCCCACCUCAAGAUCGCCCCUUGUUGACGUGGCGACAGGCUCACCAGGGCAAGGCUUAGGCGCCGCCUGCCGGACGGCUCAUACCGGCAAGUACUUCGAGGAGGCCAGCAACCGCGUGUUCUGCCGUAUGGGACACUGCGAGUCCUCAGAAGGCUCGUAGGAGGCUUUGGCCUUUGCUGCCCACUACUGUUCGGAUAAUUUAGUCGCAGUGCUCGACGUGAGCCGCUUGGGACAAAGUGGGGUGGCACCCCUUGAGCACUGUACCGAUGUCUAUCAGAACCACCGUGAAGCCUUUGGGUGGAACACUUACCUAGUGGAUGGCCAUGAUGUGGAGGCACUGUGCCAGGUGCAUGGCAAGCAGCAAGUGAAGAACAAGCCCACUGCCAUAGUUGCCAAGACCUUCAAGGGCCAGGGUAUUCCAAAUGUUGAGGACACAAGAAACUGGCAUGGGAAGCCAGUGCCAAAAGAAAGGGCAGAUGCAAUCAUCAAAUUAAAAGAAAUACAGACCAAUAGAUAUCUCAUACUGAAACCCCCUGUUGAAGACUCACCUCAAAUCAACAUUCAGAAUAUAAAAAUGAUCUGUCCACCUGAUUAUGCAGUUGGUGACAGGAUAGCUAAUUGAAAAGCAUAUGGUUUGGCCUUGUCUAAACAGGGCCAUACAAAUGAAAGAGUUGUUGUGCUGGAUGGUGACAAGAAUUCCACCCUUUCUGAGAUAGUCAAGAAAGAACACCCUGUUAUUGAGUGUUUUGUUGCUGAGCAAAACAUGGUUAGUGUGGCACUGGGCUGUGCCACACGUGGUCAAACCAUUGCUUUUGUUAGUACCUUUGCUGCUUUUUUUACCUGAGCAUUUGAUCAGAUCCGCAUGGGAGUCAUUCCUCAAACCAGUAUUAGUCUUAUUGGUUCCCACUGGGGGGUAUCCGUCUGUGAAGAUGGACCCUCCCAGAUGGCCCUAGAGGAUUUAGCCAUGUUCCGAAGCAUUCCCAAUUGCACUGUUUUCUAUCCAAGUGAUGCCAUCUCAACAGAGCAUGCUGUUUAUCUGGCUGCCAAUAUGAAAAGAAUGUGUUUCGUUGGGACCAGCUGACCAGAAACUGCUGUUAUUUAUACCCCACAAGAGAGUUUUGAGAUUGGACCGACGAAGGUCAUCCGCCAUAGUGUCAAUGACAAAGUGACAGUUACUGGAGCUGGAGUUACCCUGCAUGAAGCCUUAGCAGCCACUGAUCUUUUUCAACAAGGUAUUUCCAUCCGUAUCAUCGACCCAUUUACCAUUGAACUGGAUGCUGCCACCAUCCUCUCCAACGCAAAAGCGACGGGUGGCCAGGUCACAGUGGAGGAUCCCUACCUAGAAGGCAGCCUGGGAGAAGCUGUCUGUGCAACUGUCUCCAUGGAGCCUGACAUCUUUGUUCAUCAUCUGGCAGUGUCAGGAGUGCCAAGUGGGAAACCUAAUGAAUUGCUGGAUGUGUUUGGAAUCAGUGCCAGACACAUCAUUGCAGCUGUGAAAUAUACUUUAAUGAACUAAAAGAGCUGAUUCUUAGAGUCAGUCUAGCUGGCUUUGGUCUUAAAGCACUAGUAUCUUUAUAUCACAUUCUUGCUUGUUGUUACAAAACCAUAAUUUGUAUGUAUACCAUUCUUUUUAAAGACAUUUACACCUUUCAUCAUUUCUAAUUUAGAAAUUCAAGUUAAUUACUUUUCUGUUAAAAUGUGGCAAUAUACAACCAUCACCCUUGUUUUUGAAUCAUUAAAGUACGUUAUAACAUUUAAGUAACAGAACAGUAAAAAAGUAACUACCUAAUACAAAGUUUUCUGAUAAGAUUACAAAUAACUGAAUGGGUUAGGAAUUAAUAUAGAGGUAACUUUCUUAAAUGUAAUUUCCUUGUAAGUGAAUAAAAUGUGA